AUGCACAACCCUACAACCAACAGCUACGCCAGAAGCAUCCAUGAAGCUUUCUGUAAUUCAUGUCUCCAAGGAAAGGAUUAUAAAAAAGAGAAACUCACAGUGGAGAAAGUGUGCACGUGGCCACAGCUAAAAGUCAAUCCCUUCAGGGACAGAAUCUGCAAGGUGUUCUCCACAGACGGCUACUUCACGUUUGACGACAUCAUUGGGAUGGCAUCCGUCUUCAGUGAUCUGGCGUGUCCCAUCCUUAAGAUUGAAUAUGUUUUUCGAAUGUAUGAUUUCAACGAGGAUGGCUUCGUUGACCAAGAAGACCUUCAAAAGGUCAUCCGCCGAUUGCUCACUAGCAAAAACCUCAGAGAGGAAGCGAUCGUGUCCAUGGCCAACCGUGUUGUGAAGGAUGCUGACUUGGAUAAUGACAAAAUGCUCUCUUUGACAGAGUUUGAAUAUGCCAUGACACAGCGUCCGGACUUCCUACACUCCUUUAGGAUCUACUUCUGA